AUGGACGCACAGAAUGCUCUCUAUGAGAAGACGGGAUUGCCCAUCGUUACUCUAGAAGAACUGCAAGAAAUCGAUGUCAUCAUCUCGGCUCUAGCGGAUCCCGAAGCCCUCACAGAGUCUGUGUUGGCUACUGGUCCUAUGGGGCAUCCGGGGAACGAGUUGAAUAACGUCUAUUAUAUCAACUUCAAUCCCGCAACAGAUACUCCUCAGCUCAAGGCGCAGCUUGAGACUGUCAAGAAGAACGUUGACCUGAACAACAGUUUCUUGAGUACCAAGGCUGCCCAGACCGGAUUGAACUUGCCGGACACCAUCAACACCAAGCUCGAGGAGUUCCUCACGAACAUCAAGAACACAAUCAAUUUCUCGACCAAUCAGCAGAAGAGCAAGGAGGACCUGACGUUCUUCAUCCUCAUGACUAUAUAUGUGAAGGAUGACGUAUUGCAAGCCUGGCGACCACAAAUUCGCACCAUUUACUUCAGCGUCGACCAGUCCCUGAGCACAUACACGCGGGCCAAAGGCGACGAAAGCUCUGGAAUCAACGUCGACGUCAAGAUUGACUACGUUCAGAGUGACGGCGCCUUCAACGAAGAGCUUUUCGAGAGGGACGCCAAGAGUGGAAUUAAUAAAUUCCUUGGUGGUCAAACCACCAGCGUUAUCGAAGGCGAGGUCCACGUUGAAGUUUGA